UGUAGCGGAGACACCACCACCACCAACUGUGGCUGCCUUCCUGGUGACAGUAGACAUGAAUGUGAACGAGAUGAUACAGAGCACCUCUUCCAGCCUGGCGGCUUCAUAGAAUACAGGUUUACUCACGCGUUUCAUCCACAACGGACACAUUUCCUGGCAAUGGUGAGGACGCGUCAGUCUCACAGCACAAUCCUCAGCCUGUUCUCCAGUGACAGGACCGAGUACAUCUUUCUGCAGGUGGUAGAUGGCAUCCUCACGGCUUCGUAUAAUAUCGGUGACGGUAACUACGUAGUGAGACUCGCCGGUCACAGACUGGAUUCUGGGGAGUGGUGUGAAGUCGGUUUGGAGAGGCUUCAGAACGAAUUCACUCUGCGUUUGAGCAGCGGAGCGGAGCAUGGCGAGGUCACAGUGGCGCAUGGCACGUACAAGGAAAUUAGAGUGGAUCCAAGCAGUGUUUUUCUGGGGAGCGGCAAGGUGGAAGAGCCAAGCUUCCAAGGCUGCAUGAAGGACAUAAGACUGAAUAGCUACAGACUGCCGAUGGAAAACCAGUCCAGCUCUCCGGUAACAAUGAUUGAGAAGCAAGGAGUGACUAGAGGAUGUACCUCUGAUGUCUGCAGGAGCAGUCCCUGUAGCCGGGGCUUCAUCUGCACUGAUAUGUGGAUGCUACAUGAAUGCCGCUGCCCCCCAGGGUACUUGUUGAUGGAAAACAUCACAGGCCAGUGGUGCCUGUAUACCGUGUGCGCACAAAGCCCGUGCAAAUAUGGCACCUGCAUACCACGAUCGGACGCCGAGUUCUCCUGCCUCUGCGCGCAGGGAUUCGCUGGCAGCAAUUGCGAUGUCAUCCAUUACACCCUGGAUCCGGGAUCCACGCUCAGCACGUUCCUCAUCACCUGCAUCGGCUCCACUGCCCUGAUCGCUGUGAUUGCCGGUGCUGUUCUUCUCUCCCGCUGCAAGAAGAAGAAAAGGAUGAAUGAGGGUGUCUAUCACGUGUCCGCUUAUCACGAUGAACCGGAGGACACCAGGCAGAACAUCUUCCAUUACAACGAAGAGGGGGGCGGCGAGGAGGAUCAGGACGCAUUCGACAUGACAGACCUCCAUCUGUCUCUGCGGAACAGCCCGGCGCCAUCUCUCGGCAGGAGGGCGAAGGAUCGCCGCGUCAACAGCCCCCUGAGCUGCGAUUACGAUCCGACUGACAGCCAGAAGGCUCCGUCAAAAGCGCCGGCGCCAAGGCUGAGCUGCUCUUUUACCAGCGGAGAUUUCGGGCAGUAUUUCUACGACGUCUGCCAGGACGCCGUCUACAUGCACUCGUCCUGCGACAGCCUGAAGGUGUACGACACGGAGGGAGUCGGCUCGUCGGCCGGCAGCCUAAGCACGCUGGCCUCCUCCGGGAUGGACUCGGACUUGGAGUACGAGGACGUGAAAGCGUGGGGGCCCAAAUUUUACUAUCUCAGUAAACUCUAUUCGUACACGGAGGACGACGAUUCGCAGUGAAAGAAGGCCGCGGGCCGACACGUCACAUCCAUGCAAUGCUUGUCUGCACAAAUUUAGAGAGGACAUCACCGCCGGCACUCGU